AACGUCGUCCGUGGGUGAAGGGUGGACUCGGAGGAUGGGAUGGCACCAAACCAAUUCCUCUAGAGUAUUUAAGCCGGUGGACUGGGUGUGUCGACAUCACUCGCACCCUGAGCAUCCUCACAGCAACAUGAACAAGUCUCUGAUAGCGCUGAUGGUGGCUGCGUGCUGGCUGGCGUUGGCCGCCUCCACGGAGAGCCCCAAGACCACUUUGGUGGUGCGCAAAACGGAAAAGAGAGGCGUUCAACCGUGGCACACGCAGGUGAAGACGGUGUACGUGCCCAAGCCGUACCCCGUGCCCCAGCCGUACCCGGUGACCGUGACCAAGUCGGUGCCCGUGCCGGUGCCCCAGCCCUACAGAGUGUCCGUGCCGCACGCCGUGCCCGUGCCUGUCCCACAUCCCGUGCCCGUGGCCGUGCCUAGGCCCUACCCUGUCCACAUUCCCCGGCCUGUCGCCGUCCCCGUGCCCCACCCCGUGCCCGUGCACGUGCCCAGGCCCGUCGCCGUGCCGGUGCCCCACCCUAUUAGGGUGCCCGUGCCCGUUCCCGUGCCCGUCGGAGGACACGGAGGCUCUUUCGGAGGCCACGGCGGCUCUUUCGGCGGUUUCGGAGGAUUCGGCGGAGGACUGGGAGGACACGCCGGGCUCGGCGGUGGAUUCGGAGGAGGCUUCGGAGGAGGACACGACGGCGGCUUUGGCGGAAGCUACGGCGGACUCGGCAACUCCUUUGGCGGCUCUAGCGGCGGACUUGGCGGCUCUCACGGCGGACUUGGCGGCUCCUUUGGUGGAUCGUACGGUGGACUCGGAAGCUCUUACGGUGGACUAGGCGGCUCUUAUGGAGGACUCGGUGGCUCAUACGGCGGCCUUGGAAGCUCUUACGGCGCCGCUGGAGCAGGCCAGAGCGACCUGGGCUCCAGCUACGGUGGACUUGGAAGCGGCAGCUACGCGAGCGCAUACAACCACGGAAGCGGCGGGGACUUUGGAUCCUCUGCAGGACUUGGAGCAGGAUCUGGAGAUCACUCUAAUACGCUCGAUGCUGUCAGGUCGAUUCUGAUGCGUUAUUACAGCAAUACCCAAGCGAUUUCCCCGUCCUCCUACGGCUCGUCAUCUUCGCUCGCACCAUCCAGCCACUCGAGCGACUCGUACGGAUCGUCCAGCAGCCUGUCCAGUCCGUCCAGCUCGAGCCAGCAGGACCACUCCAACUUGAGCUCCGUGGGAGCAACCGGCGCUGACGAUUCCAGCAAAUACUCAUCCACCUACAAGGGUUGAGAAGAGGAGUGUUUUCGUUUUUAAUUUUGUAAUUCAUUUUGAAUUUCAAUGCCACGACUGAUGUUUUGUUACUUUGUUGUAUUCUGUUCAGCACAGUUUCGUCUGCGACUGCUUUUUCUAAUAAAACCAAACCGUGCGAAAUAAAA